GAAAUCGCUGAAAAUAUGAUAGGAUAUUUGGAUAGCUUCAGCAGCUUCAUUUGUGAUUUUGAUAUUUAUCUUGAGAUUUUAUAAACAAGACGUUAAUUAAUUAAGUGUUGUCCAACAUGGCGGGAAACGGCGAUAUUAUGGAGGGCAUAGAACCAUGCCGAACAUGCGGAAUAUUCUAUUUAACAUCAUCGAAUUUUCUACGACAGAUAUACGAUUCCUCGUCCGAUGAGUGUGAUUUGUCAAAUAUUCGUACUGAACUAGCGGGAUGGAAUGUUGAGAUUAAAAAGAACGAUGGUUUACCUCAGUAUAUUUGCACCUGCUGUAUUCUUGAGUUUCAGAAGCUUUUUAAAUUUCGAGGCCUUUGUGUUGAAUUAGAUGCACAAUGGAAACAUUUUUACAACCUACGAGAAGAUAAUAAGGUUUAUAUAAAAAAGGAACUACCUGAUCCAGAAGAAAAAUCAGAAACUAUAUGCGAUUUCAUUUACGUUGAUGACCUUAGCGAAAAUGAGUACAAUGGUGUGGGAGGGGGUGGUUUUACACCUUUUAACAUCCCUCACGUUCCUAUCGUUCCUAUAAAGGAAGAACUUGUUGAAGAGAGCUCUGUUCAUAAAGAUAGUUUUGUUCCUUCUUUAAAAGAAACAUUUAAUAUUCCCUCUUUGGAAGAACAAUUUAAUAUUCCCUCUUUGGAAGAACAAUUUAAUAUUCAAAUGGAAGUAUCUGAAGAAGCAAAUCAAACUCAUGACAUAAGUUAUCUAACAAGCUCGAAUUUGAAUAUACUAAACUCUCCAGAACCACAACCGUUGGAGGAGCAUAUAAGUGAAAAUUCUUCAAUUCACGUAAAACAAGAAGCAUCAACAUCUGUUCAAUGUAGCUUGUGUCGACAUAUUUCGGCAACAAUGGAGCUGCAUAGACAACAUAUGCAGCGGAUACAUGAAAUAAAGGAUAUGGUUUGCCACAUAUGCGGAAAGCAGUUUACAAACUCCACUGCUACACGACUCAAAUUUCAUUUGAAAUGGCACAGAAUCAGCAAGCAUAUUAAAUGCGCUCAGUGUGGAUUCUUUUGUGACUCGCGGGAAACUCUUAAGGAACAUACCAGAGCAAUUCAUUCUAAGAUUGAAUGUACUACUUGCGGCAAACGUGUCUUGGGGAAAAAAAUGAAAGUGCAUAUGCGCACGCAUGAACUAAGAUCGUGGCCAUGUUCUUACUGUGAUGAGGUAUUCCAGAUGGAGGAUAUACUUGAGUCUCAUAUUUGGCAAAUACAUGCCAAAGAAGAGACUCUUCCCACCACAACAGUAGAACUGGAAAAUGCACAAAAAAAUUCGCUAACAGAAGAACAACAUCUCUCUUGUGAUCAGUGUGAUCGACGCUGUUCCACUGAACACGAAUUAAAGGCACAUAAGUUACAAUGCAGUUUAAUACAAAAUACUACUGAUACUGAGGCAUGUGCUAAUACAGAUAUUCAAGAUGAACAAUUUCACUACCAAGAUUCGACAGAGGUGUUGCAAAUGCCUAUUACAAACUUGCAAACCUCUAGCCAAAACACUGGGGUCAAUGAGGAAAACUCGUAUAGCUCUAAAAAUAACAACUCAAUGACACAAGUAAUAUCUUCUGACGAGGAGACAUGCGAAAGUGAAAAAAAUUCCAGGGCACUUGAAGAAUUCACAUGUCCAAAAUGUACGCAAACUUUUUCAAGUACUGAAACACUUUGUUCCCACUAUGAGAUACAUUUAGAAAAGCCUGGGUUCAGCUGUCAUAUAUGUGGAAAAUCAUUUGAACUUAAAUUCACUCUCAAUCGUCAUCUAAAGAAGCACAAGAGUCCAUAUUCUCAUUAAUUUUUGUAAAUUCAAACAAUAAGUAUACAUUUAGUAAAAAGUAGUAUGUAAACAAGUUAUACUGAAUACAGAUGUAUAUCAUGAAA